AUGAAUGGUACCUCAGUUCCAAGAACUUGGUUAAUAUAUUCUCCCUCGGGUGUCAGCGUAUUCUGUUAUAUUUGUAAAUUUUAUGCUAAAACUUCAAAACAUUUACUUUGCAAGGAAGGUUAUAGUGAUUGGCAUCAUAUUACUGAACGGCUUAUUGAACAUGAGAAUUCAACUACUCAUAGAAAUGUAAUAUGUGAUUAUUCCAAUCGUUCUGUAGAAUUAAAACGUACUAUAGCUGUAAUUCAGUUUGGCCAAAGAGGUUUAGCUUUUUUUGGGGAAAAUGAAAUAUUAGGUAAUUCCCAUAAUGGUAAUUUUUUAGGUAUUAUGGAAUUAAUAGCUAAAUUUGACCCAUUCCUUAAGGAACAUUUAAAUAAUUAUGGAAAUAAAGUUAGUGGAAAAUCUAAUUAUAUUUCACCCCAUAUAAUUCGUGAGCUUAUAUCACUGAUGGCAGAUAAAGUUUUAAAUGUAAUUGUAGAAGAAAUAAAAAAUGCUAAAUAUUUUGGCCUUAUUGUAGACUCAACGCCAGAUGUGACACAUAUAGACCAACUAGCUAUAGUUUUACGUUAUGUAAAAUCUGAUGGCCAAGCCAUUGAACGUUUUAUAAAAUUUAUAGAUAUUUAUAGUCAUAAUGCUGAAUACUUAACAUCAACUGUUAUUGAAACAAUAAAACAAUUAGGUUUAAAUAUUGAGAACUGUGUUGUAGAGCUCUGCACGGUCCGUAAUUUCUUGGACCGGACCGGACCGAUGGAGAAUAUUUAA